AUGCGUGAUCAUCUAUUCAUCUUUGGUAUAAUGAGAAGUUAUACACUUUGGACUUGGCAUGGAGAAGUAUUAGACAAGCCUACAACGUCACGAGGAACAGAUUAUGUAGAUGACUGGAUGAAUGAUCAUUUAGAAGAUAUGGUACGUGAUGUUGGGGAGGAGAAUUUUGGAAAAGUUCAUUUAUAUGAUUCUCUUAAGUCCGAUUCAGAGGAACAAUUGUACCCAGGAUGCACUAACUUUACGCGACUGUCAGCAACUUUGAAAUUAUUCAGUUUAAAAGCAAGGCAUGGAUGGACGGAUACAAGUUUCACAGAAUUGUUGGAGUUGUUAAAGGAGAUGCUUCCAGAAAAUAACACGUUACCUAUCCGUAAUUACGAAGCGAAGAAAGUUUUAUGUCCAAUGGGUUUGGAAUAUCAAAAGAUACAUGCAUGCCCAAAUGAUUGUGUUUUAUACAGAGACGAGUUUGCUUCACUGAAGGCGUGUCCAACAUGUGGUUUAUCGCGGUUUAAAAAGAAAAUUGAUGGAAAUAGUGGCGAUGAAGACAAAGAUGGUCCACCUGCUAAGGUGAUGUGGUACCUUCCUAUAAUUCCUAGAUGCAAACGACUAUUUUCCAUUAAAGAAGAUGCAAAAAACCUGAAAUGGCACGUUGAUGGAAGAAAGUGUGAUAAUCUUCUUCGACACCCAGCUGAUUCUCCACAAUGGAAGAAGAUUGAUGAAACAUUUCCAGAAUUUGGUGCUGAGCCAAGAAACUUAAGACUUGGACUUGCUACAGAUGGUAUGAAUCCUUAUAGGAACUUAAGUAGCAAACAUAGUUCGUGGCCAGUUUUGCUGAUGAUUUACAAUUUAUCUCCUUUGUUGUGCAUGAAGAGGAAAUAUAUGAUGUUGUCUAUGAUGAUAUCGGGUCCUAGACAACCUGGAAAUGACAUUGAUGUGUACCUAAAGCCGUUGAUCGAUGAUUUGAAACUAUUAUGGGAAGAAGGUGUCGAUGUGUAUGAUUCAUAUUCUGAAGAAUUGUUUUGUUUGCGUGCAAUGUUGUUUUGCACCAUAAAUGAUUUUCCAGCAUAUGGAAACUUGAGCGGUUACAGUGUUAAAGGUCAUUUUGCAUGUCCCAUUUGUGAAAAAAACACGAGUUAUAUUCAAUUGAAGCACGGUCAGAAAACUGUGUAUACAAGACAUCGAAAGUUUCUUCCUCGAAAUCAUCCUUAUCGUAGAAUGAAAAAAGCAUUUAAUGGAAGUCCUGAGGAUGAAGUUGUAGCGAGACCCCGCAAUGGUGAAGAAAUAUACAACCAAGUGGAAAACAUUGACAUUGUGUUUGGGAAACAUCCAAAGAAAAAGACCACGGAAAAAAGCAUUUGGAAGAAACGAUCAAUCUUCUUUAAUCUUCCAUAUUGGUGUAAACUUGAUGUACGACAUUGUAUAGACGUGAUGCACGUUGAAAAAAAUGUAUGUGAUAGCGUCAUCGGGACUUUACUAAAUGUAAAAGGAAAGACUAAAGAUGGAGUUAAAGCACGACAAGAUUUGGCUGAAAUGGGCAUCCGUGAGUUACAUGCACAAUCAAUUGGAAGACGAACCUACCUGCCUCCAGCUUGUCACACUCUUUCUAGAAAAGAGAAGCAAAUUUUUUGUGAGUGUUUAAGAAGUGUGAAGGUUCCCCAAGGUUACUCUUCAAAUAUUAGUAGCCUUGUUUCUAUGCAAGAUUUAAAAGGUAUUCUAACACGUUUGUGUAUGUUCUUCAAUGCCAUAUGCAAGAAAGUUAUUGACCCUCGAGUGUUAGACGAUUUGGAAAAUGAGGCCAUUAGACUAUUGUGUCAAUUGGAAAUGUAUUUUCCACCUUCAUUUUUCGAUAUCAUGGUUCAUUUGAUAGUUCAUCUUGUGAGGGAAAUUCGAUUAUGUGGGCCAGUUUUCUUGAGAUGGAUGUACCCAGUGGAAAGAUACAUGAAGAUCUUAAAGGGAUAUGUCAAGAAUCAGUAUCGACCAGAAGCUUCUAUUAUAGAGCGGUACAUUGCAGAAGAAGCCAUUGAAUUCUGCUCAAGUUAUAUGCCAAGUUGUGAACCAAUUGGAGUUCCUAAGAUUAGACAUGAAGGUAAAUGUGAAGGUAAGGGUGUGCGUGGAGUGAAGAUUCAAAGUGUUAGUAGAAAAUUAGUUGAUCAAGCCCAUUUGUACAUCUUAAACAACACUGUAGAGGUCAUUCCUUACAUAACGCAACACAUUGAUGAAACGAAAUCAGCACAUCCACGAAUGAGUGAAAAAUGGGCACUUAAUGAACAUAACAAAACAUUCUUAUCAUGGUUUAAGAAAAAGGUUUACGCGACUCCAAAUGUUUCUGAAACUCUAUUGAGGCUAGCUCGUGGACCGAACAAUGAUGUCAUUACAUAUGGCGGGUACUACAUAAACAAUCAUUGUUUUUAUUCAAAGAUGGAAGAUGACAAAAGUAGAGUUCAAAAUAGUGGGGUUACACUUCAAGCUGAAUCUGUACAUUUUGCCAGUUCUAAGGACAAGAAUCCAGUGACAACAUCCAUGAGUUACUUUGGAAUAAUACACGAAAUAUGGGAAGUUGAUUAUGUGACUUUUAGAGUGCCAGUUUUCAAGUGUAAAUGGGUUGAUAGUAAUUCGGGUGUUAGCACAGAUGACUUUGGCUUUACUUUGGUGGAUCUUAACAAGAUGAGUGAUACAAAUGAACCAUUUAUUAUGGCUAGUCAAGCAAGACAAAUUUUUUAUGUCAUUGAUCCAGCCAAUCAGAAAUUGUCAGUUGUAUUGGAAGGAAGAAACAUGCACGUAAAUGAUGAUGAAGAUUGUCUAGACAUACUUGAGACAACGUCUUUCUCAUCAAGAACCAUUCAAGACAAAGUUGAUGAUGUAACUGAUGACAUCCAUGCUAUUCGAAGUGAUCACAAUGAAGGUAUGACAAGCUCCGGAUCAGACCAAGAGGGACCUGGUAGAUCUGUGACUCGGUUGCCGGAUGUCACAAAUCGACGAGAGAGGAUGCCGGUCCACAUUGAUCCUCGAUCGGGUGAACCCAGUGGCCCUUGGGAAAAAAAGUACCGUAGCUACAUAGGAAUGUUGGCCAAAACGAAAGUUUCUAUUGCAAUUGCAUGUUGGGAUGACGUCGCGGAGGUCGAGAAGAACCUCCUAUGGCAAGAUCUUGUGCACAAAUUUGAGAUUACUCCGAACACUGAGCGAAUUAGAAAGAAAGUCUUAUCUCACAUAGCCACCAGAUGGAGGGACUUCAAGGCAAGGCUCACACGUUUAUAUGUGUUUGGAGAUAGACAACAUGACACUCCUUGUGAGAAGUACAAAAUCUCGGAGGAGGAGUGGAUGCAAUUUCGUGCAUGUAGAGAGUCUGGAGACUGGAAAAAAGGACAGCAGCCCAACAAAGACAAAGGCUUAAUGAUACACCACAUGUACUCUCUCGAGGUGGUUAUGCAUUAUUGGAGAAAAAAUUGAAAAAGUCGCGUGCAGAGUCUCUGGGACUUGAGUCCCCUGACCUAGUGGAUGCAAUUCCUAGGUACGAGAUGUGGAAGGCUGCUCGGACUAAGUCCGAUGGGCAAAUGACAUCACAAUCAUGUUGUGGAAGGCUGCUUGGAUGAUGUGGAAGAGAGAGGAAAGCAAAAAGCAUAAAGCAAAAGCAAAAGUAGACAUGUACCUUGUCUCCUUUUGC